GUUUUGCCAUGGGACUUCGGAGUCGCAAACGCCGCUUCGCGGGCAUUACCCACGACGACGCGUUCGACGUGGAGACAUCCAGCUACACCUCGACGUCGCCCUUGAGCGAUCACCUGCGCCAGUCGCAGGACAACGUGGAUGCGUUCAACCAAUUCUGGAAGCAAAUGAUUGCCGCCUUGGCGUAUAUGUUGGCCGUGUACGAGCUGUAUGUGCUGUUGACGACGGUGGCGUCGAACACCGCGGAGACCGCAGGUGUCCUUGCUGUGCUUGUCUUGAUGAAGCUGGUGUCAUGUGCUGCCAUCUACUCUGUCAAGGAGCUCGUCUUGGCGACUGGUACAGGGCACUCAUUGUGCUUUUCUCUGUGCGUUGUCCACACGGGGAUGUGGUUGCUAUUGCGUGUGUACGGCGUCGCCUCUACUUUCAUCCGAAACUCCAUUCCGUUGUGCGCCGUGUACUAUGUGUGUGCGGCCAUGACUGUGUGGUUCAUUGGGAACAACGUCAAGUCGGAACUCGCGCGAGCAGAGCAACUCCAGCAACUCGUGGCAAAGUUUGCCACCGAAUAAAGAAUUCUCAAAUAAAGGCGCGACGUGGUCCCAUUCCGUCAGCGAUAACUUCCUCGACCUCUGCCGCGUCCACGGCCACCGCCGCCCGAAUAAUUGUUGCUAUACCGCGACGACCCGUACCCGGGCGAGACGUCAUCGUUGGCGGUCUUUUCUUCAUCUGCUUCGGUGACCUUGGAUUCGGUGGGAUUUCGCCCUUCCGGCUCAAUUUGAAACCCGCGUUGGGUGAGGAUUGUAGUCAACCGAGCUAAAGUGGCCGCCCCGCCGCUUUUCACGUCCUGGCGAGCCAUCGAUCAGCUCAAGAAUCAACAUAAUGCUGAACGUACCCGACUCAGGAUGGGCACGACUGCCGACUCAACGACACUUGCGAGCUUGAGAAACUGCGACUUGUAUUGGCGAUGCAACUCGAACCCGGCGACCUCAGGGAAUUUGCUCAGUGCGAUGGACGUAUCUGAAAAAGCGCUACCUCGAAAGCAGAGAGCAAGACGGGGGCCGUCAUCGCAUGUGGCGCCGAGUUCACGACCCGCGCCAUCCACCUCCACGCGUCUGCAAUGGUCAGGUGUGUUGACUGGGGCUGGCGGUCAUACGGGUGGGUCUACCAUGUUGCGUGAGCAUACGUUGAAACAUGCGAUCGAUCGACGUACCUGCAUGACAGCCAUGACCAAGGCGACGGCCAUCGCCAUGCGUUGUGUGUAUUUUUCAAACGCUUCAAACGUUCCUUUGGCCUCGUCGCGCUCCAUGCCAAUCGACACUCGAUAUUCGUCGUCCGUUUGGCCUUCCGUUCGCACGGGCACGAGAGGAAUCGUGUACGGGCAUAUCUACGCCAAAGCAGUCCUUACUGGACUUGCGCAUCGGUCGACGCGGUGAAAAUGGUACCGUGUGCAUGUGGGCCAAGAAGAUAUCGGUCAACUCGGGUGUGUGGACACAGCACAUGGCCACGACGUUGGCGAUGGGAAAGCACGAGC